AAGCCAACAUUAAUAUAGGUUUCAGGAACUGAAUUUUUGAUUUUUAUGUUAUGUUAGGUUUUUUUUCCCCUCCAAGAGCUAAGUUUUUUUUUUUCAGUUUUACAAAACCACAGUGUUGUCAUCACACCUAGGAAAAUUAAAAAAAUUACAUAAUGUCAAUAUUCAGUCUGGAUUCAGAUUUCCCCAACUGUCCCUUAAAUGUCUUUUUACAAUUAACUUGUUUGGAUCAAAAUCCCAUAGAGAUCCACAUGUUGCAUUUGGUUGAUACACCUUUUAAAUCUUUUAAUAUAGCAGUCCUUGCCUCCCUUUUUUCCCUUAACAUUCUAGAUUUAGCUGAUUGCAUCCACAUGGUAUCCUUUAACAUGUACAUCUAUUCCCUUUAUUUCCUGUGAACCAGUAGUUAAAGCUAGAAUUGCACUGUCCACUAUAGUAGCCACCAGCAAGCUGUGGCUAUUUAAAUGAAUUAAAGUGAAAUAAAACUAAAAAUUCAGUUACCUGGUUGCAUUAUCCACGUUUCAAGUGCCCAAUAAUCACAGGUGCUUAGUGGCUACCAUUUGAAUAGUGUGGAUAGAAAAUAUUUUCAUAAUUGCAGAAAGUUCAGUUGAACAGCACUGAUCUAGAAGCUGGAUCAGAUUCAACCUUGAUUUUUUUUGGUGGUGGGGGUAAGAUUUCCUAGGUGCUGCAGUACACAUCCUAUUGUAUUAGUUAUCAGAGAGGCAUGCAGUGUCUCAGUUGUCUCUUUUUGUGAUAUUAAGAUUGAGCAGUGUAGUGGCUUCAGGUGUUGUCAGCCCAAUCCAGCCAUCAUGAAAUUCCCCAUGAGCCUUUCGCUCGAUGGUGAAUUCUUUCCAUGGAUUUAGAUUGCCUAUAACCAUUAUUGCAUUAGGGGUUGCAAAAUGGUGAUUUUCUAGUUCUAUCAUUCCUUCAGUGUUUAUUAGCUGGAAAUCUUUUAUGAAGAACUUUCCCCACCAGUUAUUUGACUGCCAUCAGCUAUUUGAAAUACAGUUUGUGCAGGAAAGGCAAGAAAAAUACUUAAUUCUUUCCCUCUAUUUUCAGACUACGAUAAUGAGUUGGUGGCCUAGCAACCUCCAAAGUUGCCGAAACAAAGGGGAUUUGGCGAUGGAGGCUUUGUUGGAAGGAAUACAAAAUCGGAGACGUGAUGGGGGUUUUUUGACAUCCUGUGAAGCAGAACUACAGGAGCUCAUGAAACAGAUUGACAUAAUGGUGGCUCAUAAAAAGUCUGAAUGGGAAGGGCAGACACAUGCCCUAGAAACUUGCCUGGAUGUCCGUGAGCGGGAACUUAAGACUCUUAGGAGUCAGUUGGAUAUGAAACACAAAGAGGUUGGAAUGUUACGUCAACAGGUAGAAGAACAGGAAAAAGUCAAGCAAGAGAUGGCCGUGGAGUAUAAGCAGGAGUUAAAGAAACUGCAUGAAGAAUUAGGCAGACUGAAGAGAAGCUAUGAAAAGCUACAGAAAAAGCAUAUAAGGGACUUCAGAGGAAACACCAAAAAUCACAGGGAAGAUCGGUCUGAAAUUGAGAGGUUAACUGGAAAAAUAGAGGAAUUCCGUCAGAAAUCACUGGACUGGGAGAAGCAGCGCUUGAUUUAUCAGCAACAGGUGUCUUCUCUGGAGGCACAAAGGAAGGCGCUGGCUGAACAGUCAGAGAUAAUUCAGGCUCAGCUUGCCAAUCGGAAACAAAAGUUAGAGUCUGUGGAGCUGUCCAGCCAGUCGGAAAUUCAGCACCUGAGCAGUAAGCUGGAGCGGGCCAAUGACACUAUCUGUGCCAAUGAGUUGGAAAUAGAGCGCCUCACCAUGAGGGUCAACGACUUGGUUGGAACUAACGUGACUGUUAUGCAAGAGCAGCGGCAAAAAGAAGAAAAAUUGAGAGAAUCUGAAAAACUGUUAGAGUUUCUGCAGGAAGAAAAGAGAGAAUUGAAGGCAACUCUUCAGUCUCAAGAAAAUUGCAUCCGUGAGGAAAGAAUGCAGAAGGAGAAGCUACAAGCAAAAUUAAAGGCAGCUGACACUAAACACGCAGUAGAGGCCAUAAGGUCACUGGAGGAGUCUCAGGCAGAAAGGAGCUACCCCUCUCAAGGGCAGGGGGACUUAGACCUUGUGCUCUCCCAGCUGGAUUUUACCCAUACAAGUGAAGAACUUCUGCAGGCAGAGGUGACUCGUUUGGAAGGCAGCUUGGAAUCUGUGAGUGCAACAUGUAAACAGCUGAGCCAAGAACUAAUGGAAAAAUAUGAAGAAUUGAAGAAGAUGGAGGUAUAUAACAAUGAGUACAGAGCAGAGAUUAAGAAGCUGAAAGAUCAGAUUUUGCAGACUGAACAGAGUUAUAGUUCUGCGCUAGAAGGAAUGAAGAUGGAGAUCUCACAGCUCACUCGAGAGUUACAUCAGCGAGAUAUCACUAUUGCUUCCACCAAAAGUUCUUCCUCUGACAUGGAAAAGCGACUCAAAGCAGAGCUACAAAAGGCAGAGGAAAAAGCAGUAGAGCAUAAGGAGAUUUUGGAUCAGCUGGAGUCAGUCAAGUUAGAAAAUCGUCAUCUUUCUGAAAUGGUGAUGAAAUUGAAAUUGGGUUUACAUGAGGCAAAAGAGAUUUCACUAGCAGACCUCCAGGAGAAUUAUAUUGAGGCAUUAAAUAAAUUAGUGUCUGAAAAUCAACAACUACAGAAAGAUUUGAUGGAUACCAAAUCUAAGCUGGAGAUUUCUACUCAGAUGUGCAAAAAAAAGCAUGACAGGAUCUUUAAACCAACACACAGCAGAGCACCUGAGUUCAAGAAUACAGAGUUCAAGCCAACCCAUGGCCAGCACAGACAUGAUGGAAUAAAGACUGACCACUACAAAACAGGCCUUCAUUCUCCGAGAGGACAAGCGUCGGAUAGUACAGAGCCCGUGUCCAGGGUCCUCAGCCCCCUGAGUCCUCAAAUCAGCCCUUGCAGCUCCACCAUCUCUUUGCCUUCUAACUUUCUGUGUAAAACUCAGUCUUUGCCUUCAGUGCUAGAUACAAAUGAAGCCAGUUUUUCUGACACUGUCUCUGAGAGUAUAAAUGACCACGAAGAGUUUAUAUCUUCGUGUGCCUUGCCCGUAUCUCCCCUUGGGUCAAUAGCUACAAGGUUUUUGGAAGAGGAGGAACUGAGGUCCCAUCAUAUUCUAGAGCGGCUGGAUGCCCACAUUGAAGAACUGAAAAGAGAGAGUGAAAAGACGGUGAAACAAUUCACAGCCCUAAAGUAGCCUCUCCAGAAUCACAAACUUGGAAAUAAAAAUAAACAACACAGAGCUACUGUCAUCUGAAGUAGUGCCUCUUUAAAAACAGGAAUGCAUAAAAAUCGCCCAGGUGAGACAUACUAAAGCUGUUAUGAAGAAAUCUGAAAAGCUGUUACUUCUUUAAGGCAUUUUCACUGCACUGGUUUAUUUGAAGGACUUUUUCCAGCAAUAACUUGGAAGAAUAAACCACUUUGCUAGACUUUUUUUCUCAUAUUAAUAUCUAUUAUCAUAAAAUAAUACUUUCCUUUGCUGACUUAAAUGUGAAAAACUAUAGACUAAUUAAAAUAAAGAUUUUUAUGAUACAUGAUGAAAAUAAAGUAACUAUAGGAACUUCCUAUAAGGGAAAUACGUAGCAGAAGUAUGGAUUUGAGUCACACUGAUCUGGACUGAUAUACUGGUUUUGCUACUUACUAGCCAAUUGGGCUGGUACUGUGCAAAGUCGGGCUGGAAGUGUAUAAAGGGGCUAGAGAACUUUGACCUGAAGCCCUCUUUUGCUCAAACGCAAGUGUAAGAGAGAGGUAGAGGGGGUGACAGCGGCUGGUUUUAGUGUGUGGUGCCUAUGGAACAUCCAUGGAGAUGUUUGGCAACUGCAUUUCUGGAGAGAGGUUUAAGGGAGAGAUCAGAGUGCAGGAGGCCUUUGAAACCAUGGAGAGUUGAUAAGAUCCACCUGAUGAGAUCUCCUGAGAAGGGUGUGGAGAGAGAGAGAGAAGAGCAGAAUGUAGGGCUUGGGGCCCUGAAGGAUGCCAGUGUAUGGAAAUAGAUCCGCAGAGGAGCUAGAAUGUGCAACUAGAGACAAGAAGGUAAAGUGGACUGUACUUGCCAGGUCAAGGAUGUGGCUCCCGUGAUUCUCCCCUCUCAAUGGAUCUUUCCUAUCAGCAUACAGGCACCCUGUUAUUUCUCCUUUCCUUAAAGCAAAACAAAACCUCAAGUCCAUAUGCUCUCUAGCUACUGCACCAUGUAUUUGCUCCCCUUCACCCAAACGUUUCUGGCAAGACUUGUCUGCAGUGACGGUUGCCACUUCCUCACCUCCCAUUCUCUUAACCCUCUCCCACCCCACUUCCAUCCCCACCUGUAAAACUGCUCUCUUGCUUCUGAGGUCACCACUGACCUAAUUAGUCCCUGAGCAUCAUUUCAUUUCACACACUUGGCCUCUCCCUCUAACUCUCUUGGCUUCUAUGACCUGACUCUCCUGGUUUCCCACCUAUCUCACUGGCACUCCAUCUCAUUCUGCUUUUCUGGCUUUUCGUCUUCUAAAGACCCCCCCUAGGGCUUUGAUGUGGGUUUUCUCAGUCAACAUACUCUUCCCUAGAAUGUUCCAUUUGAUUCUCAAGCUUUUAGUCCCAUCUAAAGGCCAGUGACCCCUACAUUCAAAACUAAUCUUCACCUCUCCCCAGAGCUGCUGUCUUAGAUACCUAACUGCUUAUGGAAUAUCUUCACUUGAAUGUCUGAUAAGCAGAACAUUUCCGGGAGAGAACUGUUGAUUCUCCUGCUAAGAUUCCAUGUCAGGACAGCAUCAUGUUUGCCAGUUGCUAGGAGUUAUCCUUAAUUCCUUCCUUACCCAUACCUCCACACCUAAGCCAUUGGGAGGACCUGUCAGUUCUGCCUCCAAAAUCCAUGUCAGACCCAACCAUUUCUCUCCGUCUCCACUGCUGCCACCCUGACCCAGUCUAAGCCGACUCUCACCUAGAUUCCGGAAGUAGCCUCCUAACUGGUGUUACUCCUACUCCUGACCCCAAUAAUUCGUUCUCCUCAGCGCCUCCAGAGUUAUCCUUUAGAAAUGUAAAUGAAACAGUGUCACCACUACUUCCCUUAAAACACUUCAAAGUCUUCUUCACUCAGAAUAAAUCUGAAUUGCUUACCGUAGCCUCCAAGGCCCUCUGUAAUCUGGGCCUGUCUCCAUCACCACUGCAUCCUCUUUCUUUCAUCGUGCUCCAGCCACGCGGGCCUCCCUUCGGUUUCUUGAGUUGCCACCAGCUUUAACUGGUCAGGGUCGUUGCGCUUGCUCUUUACCUGGAAUCCCUUUCUCCCACCUCACCCGUGAUUGGUGUUUUCUCCUCUCUCAGGUCUACACUCAAACGUCCCCUCUGGAGAAAGCCUUCCCUGACUGCUGCUUCCAAAACCUUCUCCCUGUUUCUCUAGCUCACUGUUCUGAGUUAUUUCCCUCCUAGUACUCACCACUCUCUGAAAUCAUUUGUUACUUGAUUUACGUUUUUAUUGUCUGUUUCUACUUUUAGAAUUAAGCUCCUUGAGGGCCAGGCCUUUGCCUGUCUGGUGUGUGGUGGGGUCCUCGUCACCCAGCAGGAGCCCAGCACUUGGGAGGUGCUCACAUAGCUUGCACUGGUGGAUAAAUGUCCUCUCUCAGAUGCACCAGGUUUUCCCGUCGUGCCUUUGCACAUGUGUCCCUUGGGUCGGCCUCCUCUUCCCACACACUUUCACGUGCCCCUAUUAUCUUGCUUUGCAAAGCUUUCCCACACCCCCUGACCAGACUCAGGGAGGUUUCUCCUCGUUUCUCGCAGCACCCUGUCUGCCCCUCUGGAAGCACUGACUACACCGAGCUGUCCUCUUCAAAUUCUGUCCCUCCCACUAAACUGAAAACUCUUUAGAAGCAGGGACUGGGUCCUGCCUAGAUCCUCAGUCAGCACGCUGCCUAACGCAUGACAGAUACUAAGCAAACACUGGAUGAAGGAAGCCACUACCAUUCGGAGCUUCAUUGUUCUUACCUGUAAAUGGAGAUAAUACCUCAUGGGGUUGAGGGGAUUUACUGAAAAUGUAUUUCUGAAAGGGCUUUGCAGACUCUGAAAAUACUAUUCCCAUGUGGAUUGGUCUCAGGGGACUUCUGAGUUUCAGACUGUCCCAAGCUUCCACUUAAAUAUGUAGAGUACAGCCCCUUCUUCUGAAAUUUCCUUAGUAUGUGUUGACCGGGAGGAACAGUGACGGGCUCUGUAGUCACUGGAGGUACCUAAGGAGUCAUGAGGUACCAUGUACUUCCUUAAAUUUAUGCUUUGUUAUUUAAAGUUGAAGUAGUUAACUGAUUGUCUAAAUUGUCAGAACAUUUUAUAGUAAUUUAGUCUCUCAGCUUCAUUUUUAAAAAAGAUAUGCCAAAUAUUAAAAUGUGUCAUAACUAAAUUUGAGUUAGUGUUUUUUUUCGUGUGUGUGAGGAAGAUUAGCCCUGAGCUAACAUCUGUCGCCAGCCCUCCUCUUUUUGCUGAGGAACAUUGGCCCUGGGAUAACAUCCAUGCCCAUCUUCCUCUAUUUUAUAUGGGAUGCUGCCGCAGCAUGGCUUUAUAGGUGGUGCAUCGGUGCGCACCCAGGAUCCGAACCUGCGAAUCCUGGGCCCCCGAUGCGGAGCCCGUGCACUUAACUGCUAUGCUGCUGGGCUGGCCCCGAAGUUUGAGUUAGUUUCUUAAUACACAUUUUGGAAAAUCAGUGAUCAGGGUACCCAGGUGAGAUGAAGAGAUGAGGGGGCUGUAGUCGACUGUUGGUGUUUACAGGUAUGUCUUGUUGGAUGAGUUAUCUAUUCCUCUUGGCCUGGAUUCCCAGUGAAGUUUUGUCUGGAUUUCUGUGCAGAUUUUAGCUGAGGAGGACGAAGCUGAGUUCCCAUUGUGGGUGGGGCACUACCUUUCUUUCCAUGGAGCCUCAUUUGAUCUCAACGAGUCUAGGAAGCAGUGGGUGUCAUUGUUCCCAUGUGACAAGGAGGAUUUAAGUGGAUUGCCCAGGGUUCCAAAACCCGGGCUCUUUCUAGCAGAGCCUCAGGGUGGAGAGUGGACUGCAGGCAGAUGACCCUGUUCCUAAUCUAGCUCUGCCACUUACUAGCUGUGUGACCUUGGGCACGUUCAUUAACCUCUCCAACCCUUAGUUUUCUCAUCUGUAAAGUGGGGGAAAUAAAAAUUGUACCUACCUGGUAGGGUUUUGUGAAGACUAAAUUAACGUGUGUGAAGCACGUAGAACAGGGCCCAGCCUAGUGAGCUCUAUCCAAGUACCUUGUUGACUAGACAAAAUACAACACCGUGUUUCUGUUGGGUCUACGUAACUCCAAAAAAUUCUACCUUCCCUCUCAUACACGGACAUAUAACACCUGGUAGACGAUAGGCGAUGGUUAGCUGUUUGCAAAACACCCUUGAGCCCAGUACCUAAAAGUUACAGGUGAGAAAAAGAACUGUGUCUGUGACUGAGAACAUACGUUAAACAGACAGUUGUUGUGAACGGCACUCAAGUACAGCAUGGCAAGGUUAGGAAAAGAAAUUUGUUUACUUGUUCUAAAAGCGCUCUGAGAUAGCAUACAAGAAUGCAUCAAAAAGAAACAAACAGUGGAAUCAGGGCAAAGGGAAAAUGAAGGCCGUAAAUGUUGAUUCGCAAACAAACGUCUCGUCCAGUCCGGUCGCUAGAGGCAGGCAGCAGCAUUACCUCUGAGCUGCUUAAGGGCAAAAGCAGAGAAGAAAACAUUACUUAAAAGCUUUAUGGUGCCCACAAGAUCAAAACAGACUGUGGGUUCAAGAGAAGCACAUCUUUUCCUGAGUGUGUGUAUGAGCGUCUGGCUAGGUGUACGAGCAUAAGGAGAGGUCCUACAGCAUUUGGUAACUGAUAAUAAUGAGAGAACCUGUCCAGCUUCCUCACAGGGGCCUUCAGUGCAGCUGAUGGCAUAAGGCUGAAGUGCAAUUCAGAAGAACCAGUUCUGAGGUGGUCCCAAACAUGGUGGUGUAAAGCUCUCAUGGCCUGGCUUGAUCAAGGGAAAAUGUAGAGGAAUGAAGGACUGCAGGCGUUUAAAGCAAUCUUCUAUAAAAGCUGUUUCACUACAAUGCAAUUUCGAUAAUUCAAAUAGUUCACUCUUUUUUUCUCUGUGGGAACCUAGAAUUUGGGAAUUUUAUGUUGCCGAUGAAGACCAGGUUUGAGUGAUUUGACAAUCCAAUCAGAAGUAAGUUUAUACACCUCUUAUGAAAAGAAAGAACCUAAUCAAGGCAAUGCUUGAAUGGUGGAAGGUCCAGGAACUCCCUAAUAAUAAAUGCAAAAUAUAUAAAUAUGCAUAUGUAUAGUUUUCUGUGGCAGAGGGUCCAUAGUUUUCAUCAGACUCUCAAAGAUAUCUGUGAACCAAAAAGAGAUUAAGAACCACAACUUUGGGCCAGCCUGGUGGCGCAAGCGGUUAAGUGCGCGUGCUCCGCUGCAGCGGCCCAGGGUUUGCCGGUUCGGAUCCCAGGCACACACCAACGCACUGCUUGUCAAGCCGUGCUGUGGCGGCGUCCCAUAUAAAGUGGAGGAAGAUGGGCACAGAUGUUAGCCCAGGGCCAGUCUUCUCAGCGAAAAGAGGAGGACUGGCAGAUGUUAGCUUAGGGCUGAUCUUCUUCACAAAAAAAAAAAAGAACCACAACUUUAGGGACUGGAAUUCUCCCAGAAUGGUGUUCUGUUUCCUGGGGAGAGAUACAAAAUUGGAGGAGCCCAAUCAAUUCCUAUUGGGGCUGAGUUUUAAGUGCAGUUGAAUAGUCAUUAAAAAUUCAAGCUUUUCAAUAAUAAAAAAAAGACAACCCAAUUUAAAAGUGGGCUAAGGAUCUGAAUAGACAUUUCUCUAAAGAAGAUAUACAAACGGCUAAUAAGCACAUGAAAAGAUGCUCUACAUCAUUAAUCGUCAGGGAAAUGCAACUCAAAACCACGUGAGAUACCACUUCACACCCACUGUAAUAAAAAAGUAGGCAAUAAGUGUUGAUGAAGAUGUGGAGAAAUGGGAACACUCAUACAUUGCUGAUGGGAAUUUAAAAUGUUGUAGUCACUUUGGAAAACAUUUUGACAUUUCCUCAGAAAAUUAAACUUAAGAGUUACCAUAUUACCCAGCAGUGCUAUUCCUAACUAUAUACCGAAAGUCGAUGAAAACAUAUGUCCAUGCAAAAAGUUGCACGAGAAUGUUCAUAGCAGCAUUAUUCAUAAUAGCCCAAAAGUGGAAACAACUUAAAUAUCCAUCAGCUAAUGAAUGGAUGAACAAAAUGUGGUCUAUCCAUACAAUGGAAUAUUAUCUGGGAAUAAAAAGGAAUGAAAUACUGAUGCUACAACACGGAUGAACCUCGAAAACAUUAUGCUAAGGGAAGGAAGCCAGUCACAAAAGACUACAUAUGUAUGGUUCCAUUUAUAUGAAAUGUCCAUGAUAGGCAAAUCUGUACAGACAGAAAGUAGAUGGGUGGCUGCCUAGGGCUGGAGGGUAUGGGCGAAUUGGAGAGUGAAGACUAAAGGGUACGGGGUUUCUUUUUGCGUUGAUGAAAAUGUUUUAAAAUUGACUGUGGUGAUGUGCACAACUCUGAAAAUAACACAACUAAAAAUCGUUGAAUUGUAUAAUUUAAAUGGGUGAAUUAUAUGGUAUGUGAAUUAUAUCUUAAUAAAGCUGUUACCAAAA